AUGAGUUCUGCACCGAAUGGGCGCAAAAAGCGCCCCGGCCGCUCCACUCGCUCCUCGAUCUUUCAGAUCAGCAAGCCGACGCUGCCGAGCGGGGACUGUGAGCGCAGGGGCAGCGGCUCCGAGAGCGCCCACAAGACCCAGCGAGCCCUGGACGACUGCAAGAUGCUUGUCCAAGAAUUCAAUACCCAAGUGGCCCUGUUUCGAGAGUUAGUCAUUUCUAUUGGGGAUGUCUCAGUCAAUUGUCCAUCUCUAAGGGCGGAAAUGCACAAGACCAGAACCAAAGGAUGUGAGAUGGCCAGACAGGCCCAUCAAAAACUUGCUGCAAUCUCGGGCCCAGAAGAUGGUGAGAUUCAUCCGGAAAUCUGCAGGCUUUACAUCCAGUUGCAGUGUUGCUUAGAAAUGUAUACCACGGAGAUGCUAAAAUCCAUAUGUCUGCUAGGAUCGCUUCAGUUUCAUCGAAAAGGAAAGGAACCUGGAGCGGUGAUCAAGAGCUUGGAAUGCAAAACUGAAGAGGGUCCAGAAGUCCCCAUUCUAGAGGAUACUCAGUCUUCAGCGGUAGACAUUCAGCAUCAUUCCUGGCAGGUUUCCACAGAUAUUGAGAAUACUGAAAAAGACAUGCGAGAAAUGAAAAACCUUUUAAGCAAACUCAGGGAGACUAUGCCUUUACCAUUGAAAAAUCAAGAUGACAGCAGCCUCCUGAACCUGACUCCUUAUCCACUAGUUAGAAGACGGAAGAGAAGAUUCUUUGGUCUAUGCUGCCUCAUCUCAAGCUAGACAAUGUCCCACAAAACUCCCCCAUGAAAGCCAGAACAUCAAAAAAAUAGAUGUCAUUUGCUCUCCAGAUGGAUAAACCACACAGUUAUUGGUUAUUGACUAUGUUUUCUAUACUUCCCUCUUAAU